AUGCUUCCAUCUGCAUUGGAUAAUUUUUUCUAAUCCUAAACUGAAAGCGCGUGUGGGUGUAAAAAAAAGAGCUUUUGACGGAACCCUUCAUUUUUCUAUCAAAAAAUGUCGAAAGUUCCGAUUCCAUCGGCCAUGAAUCGUAAAGCACGGGUAUAACGAAAUUCUGAGAUAUGCGGGCUGAUGAGGCGAGGAUCUUGCUUGGGUUUCCUCCCAAUUUUCGUCCCACUCCAUCCCAGGUUAAAGCGGCUUACAGAAAGAAGGUAUGGGAUUCACAUCCUGACCUUUUCCCUGGACAUGAGAAAUGUUAUGCAGAGAGCAAGUUUAAAUUGAUUUCAGAAGCUUACACUUGCCUGCAAUCUUAUUCAAGAGGAGAAGGUGCAGGUGCAGUUAGCGAUACGAUAGUUGUCAGAACUGGAGUUGCAAGUGUUCAUGGAGGUAGAAGAUAUCAUGCUCUGAUUGGGGUCCCCUUUAUUUUUAUCAUUCUGGGAACGGUUGCACUGGGAGGGUUGAAUGCUACCAGGGCUUACAAAAAGCAAAAGGAGAUUUAUCCUUCGCAUAAUCCUUUCCUUCCUUAAUCAGAAAUACACCAAGGGAUUCAUGCUGUCGUGGGUCCAUAUAGGAAGAUAUGUACGUAUACAUUUGCUGAUUUGUUGCGUAUCUAAUGCAGUUGUCUAUCAUACUUUUUUUUUCUUCCUGUUCAUUUUCAUAAGAGGGUUUGUUUGUGAGUUUCAAAGCAUAUGUUUUGUGAAUUUGAUGCUAUCGGAAGUGUGUAACUGCAAUUAUUAUAAAUUCCAGCAGAGUUUUCAAAAA